GUCUUCAGGACUUGAGACUGGUGCCAUCUUGGUCUGCCAUGAUCAUUUCCAACCUGAGCAGUUACAACGCAGGACUCUUCAUCCUGGUGGGGAUCCCAGGCCUGGAGCAAUUCCAUGUGUGGAUUGGGAUUCCCUUCUGCAUCAUCUACAUCGUAGCCAUUAUGGGAAACUGUAUCCUUCUCUACCUCAUUGCAAUGGAGCGUAGCCUUCACGAACCCAUGUUCUUCUUUCUCUCUAUGCUGGCCAUGACUGACCUCGUCUUGUCCACAGCUGGUGUGCCUAAAACACUCAGUAUCUUUUGGCUGGGGGCUCGAGAAAUCACAUUCCCAGGGUGCCUUACACAAAUGUUCUUCCUCCACUAUAGCUUUGUCCUGGAUUCAGCCAUUCUGAUGGCCAUGGCAUUUGAUCGCUACGUGGCCAUCUGUUCUCCCUUGAGAUACACCACCAUCUUGACCCACAAAACCAUCAUCAAGAUUGUGGUGGGCAUUGCCUUUCGAAGCUUCUGCAUCAUCCUGCCAGACGUAUUUUUGCUGACACGCCUGCCUUUUUGCAGGACACGCAUCAUUCCCCACACAUACUGUGAGCAUAUAGGUGUUGCCCGGCUCGCUUGUGCUGAUAUCUCCAUCAACAUCUGGUAUGGCUUUUGUGUUCCCAUCAUGACAGUCAUCUCAGAUGCUGUGUCCUACACCCUCAUCCUCUGUGCUGUCUUUCGCCUCCCCUCCCGAGAAGCCCGCCAGAAAGCCCUUGGCACCUGUGGUUCCCAUGUCUGUGUCAUCCUCGUGUUCUAUACACCUGCCUUUUUCUCCAUCCUUGCCCAUCGCUUUGGACACAAUGUCUCCCACACUUUCCACAUCAUGUUUGCCAACCUGUACAUUGUUAUCCCACCUGCACUCAACCCCAUUGUGUAUGGAGUGAAGACCAAGCAGAUCAGAGAUAAAGUCAUACUUUUGUUCUCUACCAAGGGUAUGGAAUGAUGUUCCACUGGGCGAUGGACAAGCCAGGAAAAGUUCAUGGUGUACAGAAAUGUGGCAAGAAUGAAGAAGCAAAUGCUAU